AAUGCCUCCCAUCCCAAUUUUCACUUUCAAUUCCAUAACUGGAAACCUUCAUUUCUUAUUCAGCCCCUCUUCCUCCUAAUAUAACCUCAACUCUAAGAAAACUCACCCAACUACUACUCCUAAUGACGUCCCACCAUCUUUGAAAAUGCGUUGCUUAUAUUCCUCUUAAAUAUGCCUGUUUCUUCCGAUCUCAGACAGGACCCAUUUUCAUUUCUUUGUUGAUUCCUUCUUUGGGUUCUGGAGAUUCUUCCAAAAUGGGGAAAUGCUUCUGGGCUUUUCUUUUUAUUGCUUUUGGGUUUGCUCCGAGCAUUACCGCUGAGCACAAUCCUCGUACUGAGAGAAUUUCUGGAAGUGCUGGUGAUGUCUUGGAAGAUGAUCCAGUAGGAAGACUGAAGGUGUAUGUAUACGAGCUUCCAAGCAAAUACAACAAGAAAAUCCUUCAGAAAGACCCCAGAUGUCUAUCACAUAUGUUUGCUGCUGAGAUCUUCAUGCACAGGUUUCUUUUAUCUAGUGCUGUUCGAACACUCAAUCCAGAGGAAGCAGAUUGGUUUUAUACGCCUAUAUAUGCCACUUGUGAUCUUACACCUACUGGCUUGCCAUUGCCCUUCAAGUCUCCACGGAUGGUGAGAAGUGCAAUACAGCUUAUUUCCUCAAGCUGGCCUUACUGGAAUAGAACAGAAGGGGCUGAUCAUUUCUUUGUUGUGCCCCAUGAUUUCGGAGCAUGCUUUCACUAUCAAGAAGAGAAAGCUAUUGAGCGGGGGAUCCUUCCAAUUCUCCAGCGUGCUACCUUGGUUCAGACUUUUGGGCAACGGAACCAUGUGUGCCUGAAAGAGGGUUCAAUCACAAUUCCUCCUUAUGCUCCCCCUCAAAAGAUGCAGGCCCGCCAGAUUCCACCAGAGACUCCACGGUCUAUUUUUGUCUACUUCCGUGGGUUGUUUUAUGACGUGAAUAAUGACCCUGAAGGUGGCUACUAUGCAAGAGGUGCAAGGGCAGCUGUUUGGGAGAAUUUUAAGAACAAUCUACUUUUUGACAUCUCCACUGAACAUCCAACCACUUAUUACGAGGAUAUGCAACGAGCUAUAUUCUGCUUGUGCCCGCUAGGGUGGGCACCCUGGAGUCCUAGGCUAGUCGAAGCUGUAGUAUUCGGCUGCAUUCCUGUCAUCAUAGCAGAUGAUAUAGUUUUACCCUUUGCUGAUGCUAUCCCCUGGGAGGAAAUUGGAGUGUUUGUUGCAGAAGAAGAUGUUCCCAAGUUGGAUACAAUUCUCACAUCUAUACCCCCCGAAGUAAUUUUAAGGAAACAGAGGCUUCUUGCAAAUCCUUCAAUGAAAAGAGCCAUGUUGUUUCCACAACCUGCACUACCAGGAGAUGCUUUCCAUCAAAUAUUGAAUGGCCUGGCUCGCAAAUUGCCACAUCAGAAGAGUAUUUACUUGAAGCCUGGUAAAAAGAUUUUGAACUGGACAGCAGGACCAGUUGGAGACUUGAAACCUUGGUGAUGCAAGUGUUCUUCAACAUUCAUUGCUUCACCAAGCUCUCUCAGUUGUAGUAACAAGUCGAGACAGGUAUUGGCCUUGUAUAGAAUUCUAAAAUUUUCUUACAAAUUCUAAAUUUUGUAUUGAAAUACACAUCUGGAUAUAGUCAUAUAGAUUGAUGACGCCUUAACACUUCCACAUGAAAAAGCCUGAACACAACCAAUUAUUUUGAUCUAGGUUGAGUUUUUACAUAUGCCCUCCAUUCCAUCAUCAUUCGGUUUAAUCCUUUGAAGCCGUGGUUUAGAACGGAAUUGAAGGAACCUUUAUUUGAUGAUUUUGUGUCAACCAUUUGCACGUGUGCCAGGAUGGAUGAUACUAAAGUGGCCUGUGUUGACUGUUGAUCCAACGGUCACUGUGAAAUACCCUUGUGGGUUCGAUUCACAAUCGUUGCGCCCGUGACUUUUUUUUUUUAUUCUUUUUUGGUGUAUUAGAGUUAUGCAAACCAAUCAUAUGGCAACCCUUGGAUGAUAAUAAUAGUCAGAUUAAUGAGGUUCAACCAUGAUGAAGGACUGGCUUAUUGCAGCCUAGGCAGCUGCGUGUCCCU